AGGACGUCUAGCGACGAAGAAGCUCCAUCCAUAUUCUGGAUGGCUAUAGCACUGCUGUUGGUCUCGUGUCUGAUUCUGCUUGUUCAUGUCCAGUCAAGCUGAACUGACAAAGCGUGAAAAGCAUGUGAAAGAAGAAGACUAAGAAGGCCUCUUUUGCUGUGGCAAAACCUCAUUAUUCCUCAAGCCCCUCUGUCUGAAAGGGAGGUGUUCCUCGGUGGAGAUUACAAUCUCCUCCCUCUUCAGUGAGCCUCCAGCAGUGUGAGAGUUUUGUGCACCGCCUCCCUCCAUUCGCUCACUGGCCCUUUCAUUCCCUCUCUCCCUCAUUCCCUCUCUCCCUCAUUCCCUCUAUCCCUCCUCUCCAGCACUGGUUGCACCAGAUCCGACUUAAAGAGCUACUCUUCUCUCUUGUUUAUUGACUGAGAUUUACCCCAAAUAACCCUGCAAAGGCCAAGAAAUGACUCCCUAAGGAAGGUAUCCCAAAGUUUAAAGAUUGUCUCAUCUCAGCUCUAAGACCAGUGUGGGGAGCCGGACACAGAAUCAGGAUCUAUAGAUCCUCACAGGUGCUGGGAAUAUAGUGGUACCAGCAACAGCACUACCAGCAACAAUGACCAAGAGCAACGGGGAGAACCCGCAGGCCCGAAGCCGAGUCAGACAGAUCCGCGAUGGCCUCCAGUCCCGUUCCCUGAAGGCUGUGCAGAGGGUGGAGAGUGUCACUAAGGAUGAUGUCAAGGGUUUCUUCCGCAGAAACGCCUUUGUGAUCUUCACUGUCGCUGCGGUCAUCAUUGGUAUAGGGCUGGGAUUUGCCCUGCGGCCGUACAAGAUGACCUACCGCGAGGUGAAGUAUUUCUCAUUUCCUGGAGAGCUGCUGAUGAGGAUGCUGCAGAUGCUGGUGCUUCCCUUGCUGGUGUCCAGUCUCAUCACAGGCAUUGCAGCAUUGGACAGCCGUGCCUCUGGGAAGAUGGGUAUGCGGGCAGUGGUGUACUACAUGACCACCACAGUCAUCGCAGUCUUCAUCGGCAUCGUCAUGGUGCUCAUCAUCCACCCUGGGAAGGGCUCCAAGGAUGAAUUCAAAAAUCAGCAGAAGAUCGAGCAGGUCAGCCCUGCUGACGCUUUCCUGGACCUCAUCAGAAACAUGUUCCCUCCAAACAUUGUGCAAGCUUGCACACAGCAGUUUAAAACGCAGUACGGAAAGAGAGUGGUCCAUGUGAAGAUGACGGUGAACGAUACCCUCUUCGUCUUGAACGGGACCCAGGGGCAGCAUAUCAUGCGGGAGGAGGUGAUCCCCAUCCCGGGGCAGGUGAACGGGGUCAAUGCCCUGGGUCUGGUCGUGUUCUCCAUAUGCUUCGGUCUCAUCAUUGGCAGCAUGAAGGAGCAGGGAAAGCCCCUCAAGGACUUCUUUGUCUGUCUCAACGAGGCUAUCAUGAGACUGGUGGCCAUUAUCAUGUGGUAUGCACCAGUUGGUAUCCUGUUUCUCAUAGCUGGGAAGAUAGUGGAGAUGGAUGACAUCACAGAAACGGGCGGCCAGUUGGGCAUGUACACUAUAACAGUCAUCAUUGGCCUGUCUAUCCAUGCCUUCCUGGUACUGCCCACACUCUACUUUGUGAUCACACGGAAGAAUCCCUUAGUCUUCAUCUGUGGAAUCCUACAGGCUCUCAUCACCGCGUUGGGGACCUCAUCUAGCUCAGCCACGUUGCCAAUCACAUUUAAGUGUCUGGAGGAGAACAAUGGGAUAGAUAAGAGAGUGACACGCUUCGUGCUGCCAGUGGGCGCCACCAUCAACAUGGACGGCACCGCCUUGUACGAAGCUAUCGCGGCUCUCUUCAUAGCCCAGGUCAACAACAUGGACAUGAACUUUGGACAGAUCCUCACUAUAAGCAUCACGGCCACAGCAGCAAGUAUCGGUGCAGCUGGGAUACCACAGGCUGGACUGGUCACCAUGGUGAUUGUGCUGACCUCUGUUGGACUGCCCACUGAUGACAUCACCCUCAUCAUUGCAGUGGAUUGGUUCCUGUGAGUACAGUCUAUUUUCUGUAACAAUUAUUUAUAGUU